GUUUCAUCGUCCUUUUUUCUUCCUCUCCCCCAAUUAAUCUGAAGUUCAUCCUCUCUCAAAAUCAUUGAACUCGAAACGCCGCCGUCUUAGUCAACCGGAGUUCAUUGUCACCGGAAAAAGAUAGGAUCCUAUCGCAAUUGGAUCUCCUGGUUCGGUCCUGACCUGAUAUGGAACGAACAAGUUGGCUAAUUCUGGUGAUUUUUUCAUGUCUGCUCGCGUUUUCUUCUGGGAGAGAACUGAAGGUCAGGCAGGAGGAUAAGCUUGCUGCCUAUAAUCACACUCUUGCCACUAUUUUGGUGGAGUAUGCUUCUGCAGUUUACAUGUCAGAUUUGACUGAAUUGUUUACUUGGACAUGCCCAAGAUGUGAUGGUUUGACCAAGGGAUUUGAGGUUAUAGAUCUCGUUGUUGAUAUACAACAUUGCUUACAGGCAUUUGUUGGAGUGGCAAAGGAUCUCAAUGCCGUUGUUAUUGCCUUUAGAGGAACCCAGGAACACAGCAUACAGAACUGGAUUGAGGACUUGUUUUGGAAACAACUUGAUUUAAAUUACCCUGGCAUGCCUGAUGCAAUGGUGCACAAUGGGUUUUAUUAUGCCUACCACAAUACAACUAUGCGUCCUGCAAUUCUAAAUGCUGUUAAAAGAGCAAAUGAAUUUUAUGGAGACCUAGAUGUAAUAGUGACAGGGCAUUCAAUGGGAGGAGCUAUGGCUUCCUUUUGUGGGCUUGACCUAAAGGUUAACCAUGAAACCAAGAAUGUCCAGGUUAUUACAUUUGGGCAACCUCGAAUAGGGAAUGCAGCAUUCGCAUCUUAUUACAGCAAACUUGUUCCAAAUACAAUUCGGGUCACAAAUGAACAUGAUGUUGUGCCUCAUUUGCCACCAUACUACUCUUACUUUCCGCAAAAGACAUACCAUCACUUCCCCAGAGAGGUAUGGCUGUAUAAUAUUGGAUUGGGAAGUCAAAUGUAUGAAGUGGAGAAGGUCUGUGAUGGUUCUGGUGAAGACCCAACUUGUAGCAGGUCAGUGACAGGGAACAGCAUUUCUGACCAUUUAGUGUAUUAUGGAGUUGAAUUAAUGUGUGAGGCAUGGAGAUCAUGCAAAAUUGUCCAUGAUCCUGGUCUAGUGGAGUAUAGCAAAACAGAUCUCCAAGGAAAUUUUAUUUUGUCUAGAGAUCCAGCCGCCCCAAUUCUGAAGAUGAAAACACAGUCCAAUGGUGGGGGGAAUCACAUUUAGAGCUUAAGUUGAUUAACAUGUGAUUUCUCCUGCAUUGUUGCUGGGAGGCCAAGGAGUUUCAGUUAAGUUCUAUCUCAUUCUUCAAAUUGGGGCAUUUUCGGAUGGUAUGUCUAAAGAAUGGUGUUGGUGUUGCAGUGGGUCUGGGUUGGAAGGAAAUUGUAUAUAUAUUGUUAUUGAGUUGUACAUCCUCAGACAAACAAAUACUAGCCUUGUGUGAUGCGAGCAAAGAUUAUUUCUGUUGUACCAUUCAAAAACUUCAUGUUUCAAAUCUCUCAAGAAAAGGAGAAAAAAAAAAGGUUCAAAAUCUUGAUGCCAUAUACAUUCUGUUUUUGCUAUGUGC